AAAAAAGUGUAUCCGCCACGUAAUGAAGAUUCUGAAGAAGAUUAGGUUGGUGCUUUUGAAUUGGUUUUUCACUAUUUAUACAUAACGGGGUUUUGAACUCAGUUUGAAAACAUGUCUUUGUUAACUUCUGCACUUAAUUGGUACCAUGAAAAGAUCGGUGCCUACGAUAAACAACUAUGGGAAAAAUCUGUUGAUCAGCGAAUUUUGAGGGGUGUUUCAGCUGUCCCAAAGAAAACUGCUCGUAUUAAAACUGAGCUAAUAGAUGUUGAUCUUGUACAAGGUUCUGCUUUUGCAAAAGCAAAGCCUCAACAUAGCUGGAUUGCUGCUACAGUAUCUGGCAUCAGACGUGUUUUUCUACUCCCAUUUUUUUACAAUUGGUGGCAACAGCAAACAAAUACUCUGGUCACAUGCAUGCUUAUCCUUUUAUAUAGUUUAAAAAUUGCAGCUAUUUAUUUAUAUUUUUCUGCUGAUGAUGAUGAAUUUCCAGAUGUACCUGUAUCUGAAAUUCUAACGCCCACAGCAAUGAUGUUCAUGUUGGGCAUUAUUCAUUCACAGAUUGUAGCUACUUUUUGUAGCAAAAAGGCACCUAAACCUAUAACUCGAACAAAAAGGCGAAAGCUGAAGUCUAAACGUAUGAAAAGGCGUUCUGAUUACGAUGGAGAAUCAAAGUCGUCUCCUGAUUCUGCAUCAGAAGACAAGAUACAGAACUUCAGGGAUCGCCAUCCUAACCAAAUGGUCCAGGAGAGUUGCGAUGAGCUUUAUAUUCCUUCUUUUCAAUCAGUGCAAAGUGAUCCUGAAAAGCCCGAUUCAAAGUGCCAAACAUGUGAUUGUAAAAGAUCAUCUAGAAGUGGUCAGCAACUUCGUUUUACCUUUGAAAGUAUUUCAAAGCCAAGCUGCUCAAAUGAAGAAAGUGGUCUUGAUGAUCCAGAUUUUAUACAGCCAUCUGUAGGAUAUAUUGGGAAUUGCACAAAAGACUGUAAAGAUAUUGAGAUACAUAAUUCUCAGGAGACUGUAAUUUCAAAUAGAACAGCAUUUUUAAACAGAAGUAUUUCAAAUGAAGAAAGUUGUGUCAGUCAAAAUUCUAAAGAUUCAGCUUUCUCCGAAUCAGCAAAAUGUGAUUGUCAAAUGGAUAAUCCCAUUGAUUAUGUUCCCUCAUUUCUGAAUGUGUCUGAAGCAACAAGUUCAGAAUAUAAUUUAGGUGAUAAAAAUAUGCCCUUUAGAAAGCUCAAUUCUGUUCUUAACUCAUAUUGCAGUGAAGCCAAUCAUAAUUUCAGCUCAGAUGAAGACCUUUUUAUUGCCAAAAAAUCAUCCUAUGCUACAGAACGGUGGAUGAAAAAUAGCAAUCAUAUUGCAAAAACAUGUUCUAAAAAGUACUCUAUAAAACGAGACAGAUUCACUUAUAGAAGGUAUUCAGAUGUUGAACCUCAUUAUAGGAAUAAUAGCUAUUUAGAAAAUCAUAGGCAUUCUUUUGAUAGUGUUAUAGAAAACAAGAAUGCACACUGUACAAAUUUUUUAUCUUCUACAAGUUUACUGUCAGACAACCAAAAUAUAUCUCAAACUUGUGAUAAUUCAUGUGAUAGAAGUGGAGCAUAUAGGAGGAAUUUUCCACGUGAAAUCAAAAUGCCAAUAAAUAUUAAAAAAAUAUCCAGCUCUGGUGAAUCAUGUGCUGAUACUACUACUCCUAAUACACCAAAGCCCCAAACUUCUGAUUUGGAAUGGCCUUUGAUAACUGAUUGUCAGAGUGAUUGCACAGACUAUUCAUCACAGUGUUCUGAUAGUAAUGGAAGUGACAUCUCUCCUUCAGAGAAUCCUUUUGCAUGGGAGAUAAGAGAAGUAAGAU